CCCGAGAUGGUCUCGUUCGAUUAAAGUUAGAAUUGUUCAAAAUCAUUUCAUUCAAACACGCCAAUUUAUUUGUUUACAUUAUCACUACGGAAGCGUGAGCCAGGGAUUUAAAGCCUGGAUUUAAAACAAAUCAUGCAGAGUAACUACCCACAAGGUUUUGGGAGCUAUCAAACUUAUGGAGGUUAUGGUAACUACGGACAACCACAACAUUAUGUGAGUUCUGGACCACCACCUGUACCCAUGGGGAACUAUGGAGGAGGUUAUGGAGCCUUUGGACAAAGUGCCUACAAUAAUUAUACCGGUUAUGGUAGUGCCCCUGGAUAUCAUUGUCCAGCUAUCCAGCAGAUGAGUACAGGUUACCCAAUGGGAAACGAGCCACCCCCUCAGCCACCACAGCUCCCACAAUCCUACUCUCAUCAACCGUAUGUUCAACAUCAGAUGGAAAUGAAUAUGCAACGGUACAUGUAUGAGCAAAUGGGCUACCAGGCACCGAAACCCCCGCAGGCCCCUGACACAGAUCCACAGCAGACUGAGGAGCCUAAUGCCCAAGCGAGGGAAGAGAAGCCAGUGUUGGACGAUGAAGUGAAGACCAAAAUGAAGAAUAUUUUCAUUGAUGAGCUACUGCGGCGGUACGCUAUAACGUCAACACUCGAGAUGGCACAGGGUACAGUUGUUCCUUUAGACAAAUACCCACCAGACGAUAUGGUAGUGGCAUUCUAUAAGGAAAAGCGUGACACAGAUCUUGCGGGUGAAAAAUGGUACCCAGAAGCCGACUGCGAAUAUCUUAAUGUGGCAAUGAAAGGAGCAGGAACGACUGAAAAAAUUAUAACACAUAUAGUGGCUACACGGUGUAACGCACAAAGACAAAAGCUGAAGGUCAUGUUCAAAACAUUGUAUGGCAAGGAUUUGAUUAAGGAAAUAAAGAGUGAAUUGAGUGGUGAUUACAAGGAUGCUAUAGUGGCCUGCUUUGUAUCCCCAGCCCAUUUUGACGCUAAAUGUGUCAAGGAAGCCAUUUAUGGAGCUGGAACAGAUGAGUUAGCUUUGAUUGAGAUAUUGAUGACAAGGACAAACCGACAGAUUCAGGAAAUGCGAGAUGUAUAUGGAGAAGUUGCAAAACCCGGCAAACCUGCAAAAAAGACUCAGCUUGAUGACGACAUCUCUGGUGAUACAAGUGGUGAUUUCAAAAGAUUGCUAAUUUCAGCAGCACAGGGAAACAGGUACGAAAUAGACCGAGACAAGCUUGAAAAUGCCGUUGAAGAAAUAAAAAAUGCUAACGGUGAUGGUACUGGAAUGUUUGAGGUAAAUUACGCGAAGCUCUCUGAUCAAAGAACAGCCCAGCGUGAUGCGAAGAGACUCUUCGAUGCCGGAGAAGCCAGAUGGGGAACAGAUGAAGAAACUUUCAAUCUAAUCUUUGCUACAAGAGAUUUCUAUCAACUUAGAGCAAUUUAUGAUGAAUAUGUAAAGAUAGCUCAAGCAGAUAUACGCCAUGCUGUGGAUAGCGAGACAUCCGGGGACUAUCGGAGAGGACUUAAGGCUGUGGCUCAGAGUGUGAUGAACAGGCCAAAGUUCUUUGCUCAGAAACUCUUGAAAGCUAUGAAAGGACUUGGUACAGAUGAAAAAACUUUGAUCCGAAUAAUAGCUUCAAGAUCAGAGAUUGACAUGGUGCAGAUCAAGGCGGAAUUUUUGGAAUUGACUCACAAAACGCUAUUCCGGUACAUCAAGGAAGAUACGAGCUUUAACUUCAAGAAAAUCCUACAAGCACUUGUUGGCGAAAAUUAACUACAUUUGUUUAAACUGAUAAAGUAGAUGUAGAAAACUAUUUUUCAUAUUGCGUAUCAAAGUUAGUUAAAACUACAACAAGUCUUGAAUACAGGUAGACUGGCAUUACACUCGUUAGCCUACCUUAGAAAUAUUUCUCUCAGCUAUAAAAUCUUCUCUUUGGUUGUAGAACUCUUCCAUGUGAGGAAGCCAUCCAGCUGGCUUAUGUAAGGUCUGGGGUGCUACCUAGGUACACACCCGUGCCAGAAAAAAUACCUGUAGGGUUAUCCUCUGUUAAAAGCUGAAAAGGUGCCAUAUGACUUGUAAUUGUACCGGUGUGACGUUUAACCCAACAAAAUAAGAAGUCUUUGAAUUUUCCUUUAAUCACACUUUCUGAAAAACACAAUACCGGUAUCCCAUAUCUGUGCUGCUGACUCUUGUUAAGAUAAGCCUCGAGUGUUCACAGAAAAAUCUCAUCGACAUUAUGAACAAAUGACAUAAAUAGACUUCUUAAUACCAAGAGAGUAUGUAAGUCUUGUACACGACCAACAACUCUGGACAAGAACGAACAAGGUUCCUUAUAGCCAUGUUAGGUCGGCAAACGGGUUAACGAAUGUAUUUGCGAAAAUGAAAUAAAAUUUGUUUUAGGGAGAAAACUGUUUAGAUUGUAAAUUUUAACCGUACAAAUAACUUUAGUAGACAUAUUAUAGUUACCAGUGUUUGUUAGACAAGGUAACAUUAGACUCGAUGACCAAUGGAUAAAGUCUUGUAUUUUCAUUAUAUUAUCAUGUACAUAAACUCGCUUUCUUACACACUUUAUACUUUAAUUUGAAGCAUCUGUAUAAUGACAGUAAAUAGAUAUGCUUUUAGAAUACCUUACAAUACAAUUAUAUUUGCAAGUUAAACGUAUUAAAACAAACGUUAAUAUGUUGUUACAAUAGUAAACGCGACCAUUGUUUAAUUUUACCUACAAUAAAAGAAAUAUUCCAA